AUGUUCUCUAUUCCAGGCUUUGGUUUGAUUCUUCUAGCCAGCAUCGUCCGAGCCCAAGUGGACAAUGGGUGUGGCACCAUAUCUCCUGCUUCGACGAUUAUGUCUCCAACCACCAUCUCGUCCUGCACCUUGUUCUUCACCCCCUCCAUGCCAGCUCAGGAAGGUCCAACAAGCACAGUGUGGGCAACUAUGAUGACCACACAGUUCAACGUUGUCAAUUGCAACUACUGCCAGAUCUCCAAUGUGGCCAACAACCCUAUGCCCACUGGCCCCUUCACCACCAAGAUCACCUCUGACUACCUGUUGAUUACGCAAAUUGCCUGCAUCCCCAAUACUUCAGGUUUCACCCGCCGACACGCUCUGCCAGUGGCAACGCCAGAGCCAACAGCUUUAUACAUCCGCGGUGCUAAGCCUCAGACCCUCACACCGAUGGUGAAGAAGUCGGUCCCAAUACCCAAGCUGGCCGAACGUCUCAGACGUCAAGCAUCUCCUCAAGCCACCGGUGAUGCAUUGAUUCUGACUGGAGAAGCCUCCCGGCUGAUCGAGCAGCUCUUCACCGUGAUAUACUCCAUUGGUGUGAUCAAUUCUGCGACCGAUCUGCGGCAAACUUGUCUUCAGCUACAGUCAGCAAAUGCUGUGCUCGAUCUGGACCGAGUUCGCCUAAAUGCAACGCAAGCUGCCUCCAUCGUCUGUGCCGCUUCACUUCCAGGCGCUGAUCUGGUUUCUUUCAACCAGACAUUAAUUGCGAAGGCUGCAGAGGGUAUAUUCAGCGUUCAGAUUGCUGCAAACUUCACAGGCACCGUCGAGACCAACAGGCUCUGCGAUCAGCUUGAUCUCCGCUUCUUACCUGGGCUUGGUGUCGACGCCAACGCAGUCAAGAGCUUUGUCUGCAAUGCCAACAAUGGCACAUUCACCACAACAGGUACCGACAACGCCACUUCCACAACAACGUUAGCCACCAACAAUUCGACACUUACUGGUUCGGAUGUGCUCUGUGCUCCAACGAUUGCUCCGUCUGCGGGGACCACGAUACCUUUUCCAUUUUCCAAUUUUACUGCAGGGGCUCUUACCAUGGCUGGGACCAUUACCGUCACCGGUCCCGCAGGCACUGCUGUCACUGCACCAUGGGGCACUGGCUUUCCUGCUUCAGGCAGAGGCCUUUUCUCCACUGGCAAUCUCACCACAGCUACUGGCUGCAUAGGAUUUGAUACCCUUGUCACUGCUACUGGAGAUCUUCCUGCAGGUACUGGCAACGUUGAAAACAGUACUACCGCUGAUGUCACAAGAAACCUUCUCACUCCUAUCGGCACCGCUGAAACCGGUUGCACAUUCAAUGGCACUGGUAACCUUGCUGCAGGCACUAUCACUGUUGCACCUGUGACCGGUGUCUCUGUGACCGGUGAUGCAUCGGCAGGUUAUGCUAUGUCCACUGUGGAUCCCGAGUCCAGCCUCGCAGGGUAUGGACAAGAACCUUCAGAGCGCUUGCCACGUGGACCGAAUUCAACACCCAGGUACUACCCAAAAUACUUUUGA